AUACUACAAUUCGGGUUUACUCGGGGACAUACCACAGAUUCCAGAUAAGUGAAAGGUAGUUUGGGCAGCUUCUUUCGCAUCCUACUUACGGUAAGCAUUACCUUUCACAUGAACUUGAUCUACAAGGCUUUUUCCACAAAGGUUGCGUAACCUGUAGUGCAAACCUUGAAUGGAGUUAUUGUUGCACUUUUUACUGUUAUUUUUACUAUACUUGUUUUCGAUGCACUGUAGUGGUCCAACGUAAUAAUACUGAACAACAUCAGUAAAUUUACGACUGAAUGGAGCUUGUUCAGAAUCUUCGUUGACGGAAAGUUGAAAGAGAAGGACAUGCUUCCGAGAUCGGUUGAAUCAAUGAUCAGAUAGUAUAGCAUUGAGGCAAGGCCCAACAAGGAACAUGAGUUGCAGAACAAGAUGUCGAACAUAAUUUCAAUCCAGAAGUUGAUUGUCAGCAAAGGACCACGUUUUUCAAAAAGAGACAAGUAGUUUAGCUUCAGUCGCGGGAUCGGUUGCAUCGCGACAUCAGUGCGGUAUUGCAAUGAAGAAAAACCUCGUGCAAUGGAUUAUUUUCACCGUGUGGCUUGUGAUAGGCCCAGGAAAAUGCGAACUUAGAAAUAAAUCCGAGUACAACAGAAUGCCAAAGGUGUUUCAGUAUGAUCACUACGACGAUUGUCUAUUCGGUGACCCGGGAACUGAUGCCACCUAUUGUGUUGUGAGGGUUGUCAUUCAACCAGACAAGCAUUCCGAAGUAUGGCGGUUGAUCGAAAAGUACUCAAGCAAUUGGAAACUGGAUCUCAAUCAUGCCGCCUUGGAACGGGGAGUGUGUAUUAACAACAAUGAGGAAAAUCGAGCCCAGUUCAUUGGUCAAAAUAUCAGCGAUCGAGUUUUGCCGAAGUUUGAAAUAAAAUUUCCGUACAAGAUCGACUACAACGCAUUCAAAAAUGUGGACCUUUAUCGAUUAAAUUAUUCCACUCUCGUCGAUUCCAAAAUCAAUAAGGACCUUACCGAAAACUAUGGUAUCAGAGGAUACACCGAUAUUGAAUACUGCGAUAAAGCGAAUAGUGAUGAAUUUCCGAUCGAUAACCUAGACAUAAUCUUCUUAGUGGUUUUGGCUACCUUAAUUUUGUUAAUGAUUCUAUCCAGUUGGUAUGAUCACUCGUGCAAGCUAAGCAGUGGAUUAGACCAUUAUUGUGAAGAUAUGAUAAGUAAAUCUUCUAUGAUCCUGGUAGCGUUUUCAAUCAUUCGCAACUGGUACCGCUUAACUUCCCAUUCGAAAGACCCGCUGAAUAGAGACUUGCGGUUUAUCCAAGCGGUACGAUAUCACACAUUUAUCCUGAUUCUAAUUGGGCAUGCGUGCUUCCUGGAGCAAACCCGCACCGCUUGGUUUAUAGAGGAGAAAUUCCGACAACCGGAGGUUAUGAUCAUCGUAAACGGAUUCCAGAUUGUGACUACAUUUUUCGCCAUCAGUUCGGUAGUGUUCACCAUAAUGUUCAUUCAGAAGGUUCGGGAGAGUGGUCGAAACCCGGGAAUGUUGGGGAUGAUACUAAUCGUUGUUUUUCGCUACAUUCGACUCACACCAGUUUACGCGCUAGUGCUACUAUUUCAAGCCACUUGGUUCGUACGGCUGCAGGAUGGUCCAUUCUGGAGAAGAGCAGCUGAAACGGAACUAACCUACUGCCGUCGCAACUGGUGGGUGAACUUACUCUACCUGAAUAACUACUACACAUACGAGCAACCAUGCAUGCAGCACUCGUGGUACCUAGCGGCUGAUUUCCAGUUAUCAAUACUCGGAGUCCUUCUCGUCACAUUGAUUUUGAAACUACCGCAACUGAAAUGGCCUCUACUGGCAGCAGGAGCUACGAUAAGCUUCACGAUAUCUGCGAUAGUAGUCUAUUGGAAUGGUUUGGAUGGGACCACCAUUUUUUCACCUGAAAGCAGACGAAUGAUGUUCUGGUAUGAUAUCGGCUAUCAAAAAACCUAUUUGCCUACUCACAUGCACCUCAACAUGUACGUGACCGGAAUCGUUCUUGGGUUUCUGUACUGGAAGGUUAAGGAUUCCAAUUAUAAUUUGCGUUCAAACCGGCUUUUCCGAAUAGUUUGGUACCUGUUGUACAUCCUUUGGCCUACCCUGUUCCUGUCGGGUCAGAACUUUUACGUCAACGAUUAUCCGAAGCCAUCGGUUUGGAUGGCCGUUUACUUUGCGGUAGCUCGGUGUUUGUGGGCUCUGUUACUAGGCAUUGGAUUUUUUGGAUUCGUUUAUCGAGUGAAUAAACCGCUAACCCGGCUGCUGAAUAUUCAUCUAUUUGAAGUACUCGGUCGCCUUACCUACGGAGCCUACGUCGGGCAUUUCUUUAUCAUGAAAAUAAUGUUCUACAAUGUGCGCCAGCUGGAUGAUUAUACCGAUUUUCAAGUGGCAGUACGAAUUCAUGCCACACAUUUUUUGUCCUAUGUGUUGUCGUUGGCACUGACACUGUUGGUCGAACUGCCCGUAUCAGCAAUACAGAAACAACUUCUGGUGAACAUUAUGAAACCGAAAAAACGAACCGUUCACAGAAACGACGAAACCGGAGCGAAUGCCGAACGACAACAUUCAAAAAGGACCGGCAGUGUCAACAAUGGAUUUGUCUUGGAAGCAACCUACAAAGGUUUGCCGGAAUUUCCGAACCCAUCGUGAAAACUGCACAACAAGAAAACUCUUUUAGUUAGUGCUCGAUUGGCCGUAUGCCAACCACUACUUGUAUGAAAUCAAUAAUUUUUCCCGUGUCCUUGAACUUUCUUUCGUAUUUCAAGUGUAUACCGAUGUAGUAAAUCACCUAACCUAACACGACGAGGGGAACGGUGAAGAUUUUAUGUUGCUUUCUAAAUCAGGUAAUGAAAAUGUUGAUUAAAAACCGCUUCUAUCAAAGCAUAGCGUAUUAAAUGUUGCCACUUAUUAUGUCAACAAACAUAGGCCUUUGUUAUUUUACAUAUUAAAUUUUGUUUCUGCUGCUAACCGAACCGACAACAACAACAUUUUUAUUAGCAUCGACCAGAAACCUUAAAUCAUCACCAUUCAAUUGAAGUGUUUUUCAAUUUCCAGCAGGCUAUUUUUUUCACUACAAAUUUCUAGCGUCAACUGCAUUUGUGUGAUAAAGUGUACGAGAAGAUAAAACGGACCACCGUAGGGAAAUGUUGCUGUAGACGAAUUUCGCGCCGAAUCGUAUUCGGAGUACUGGCAACCAGAGCUAAUAAAAGUCAUUUUCAUUUUCUCAAAAUAGACGAAAAUGACAAGAAAUUACUGUCACUCUCAACUUUGCUUGCAAACUACGAGAACGAAAGCCAUGCCACUUCCGGUGAAACCCUCAACGAGUAAACACGUCGUAUCGUGUUAGUGCGGUGAAAAUUCGAGUAUUUCGCGAGAAAGAAAAGAUUUUCAUCCGUACUUCGGUGACCGCCACGUUGUCACAUAGCGAGGGUUUCACUUGUAGUCCAGUGAAAAGAAAGUCCAUUGGACUAUAAACGAAAACUAACUGGCAAUAUAGCUAAAUCGCUGUGCCAUCAAUCGGCGUCAUCUCAAGUGAGGUGACGCCACCAGAAGUGAAGAAGAAGAAGAAGCCAUGCUCACUCAAUGACAUAAGCGGGACAGUAGUUUCAAAAUUGAGUUCUUUCUUUCAUUUGCCCUUUCAGUCAUUUGCGGUUUUAAGUGCAAAUUCCAUAAUAUGCAGUGUCGGUAUUCAACCGAAGCGUUGAGAAUCGAAAAUGACAGAAAAAGGUUUCACAAUGUCUUUUACCUGUUGGGGCUCGAAUAUGUAGUAGUAUUUGUUUCAAAGAGGUUCAGUGGUGUAAUUACUUCGAUUUGUCAUAUUUUAGUCACUCUUUAUAGCCAAGCGUCACAAAUUUUUAAUAAAAGAAUUUUAUUUCGAUGAAAGAAUGAUCAUUGAAAUUGUGCUGAUGCUACCUGAAGACGUUAGUUUGGUUUCGUUUUGUCAUAGAGGAAAGAGUGACGUUGACAAUUAUACUCUCUCUCUCUCUCUCUCUCUCUCUCUGUCUGUCUUUCAAUGAGAAACGAGAAUGCUUCGUCUCUCUUCGUUUGUUCUGGUGUCGGUCAUUUACGAAUGAGUCAGUACAAUAUUGAAAAUGAGAAUGUUGGAUUGGAUUCUUUCAUUGAGAAUGCGUGACAAUUUUAAGCUCUGCUGGCUGGACAUCCUCUUAGAUUUUAAUGAACAUUUUUAAAAAACUUUGUUAAAAAAACUACUUUACAUACUUAUACUGAAAAAAAUUCUAAUCGAGUCCUACUCUGAAAAAAUCGAUUUAAAAAUUCAGUAUCGAUUUACAAGGAAAAAAAACACAUUUUUUAUUUAGAGUAUAUUUUGUCCCAAGAUAGCUAAUUAUAUUCUCUACCAAUCGUGCAUACAUUGCAAGAUGGGUACUUUUAAGGAAAAAACGUGCUUAAUCCACCUAGCAGUGAGAUGAUACUUUUUUUUUCUUUAUCAAUCCGCGUGUGUUUUUUGCAUGAAUAUUCUUCGGUGUUUUUUGGUUCUCAUGACAUUAUUUUAAUGACCGUCGUUUGAAGCGGCAAUUUGAGAUUUUAAUCAUUAAUUACUCUGUAAUUUUGAAACUGGAAAUCGUAUUGAAUUUGAAUCUAAACGUGUGACAAUUGAACAUUCCAUGAUAUGUCGAAGUAGGUUCCACUUUAGAGUUUACGGUUAUUUAAGGUACUUCCAGAGCCGGUAUUCAGGAACCAGCAUAACCCAAACCGAUUCGUUUAGCCAUAUGACGAAUAAAUUGCAAUAAUUUUAAGUCCAACUUUAAAGCUUUUCGGGAUUGUCAUCUUCCAUAUCGGUUUGAAUUUUAAAAACUCCUCACCCUGUAUUUCCAGAAUCGGAAGUCAGAAAAAAUUCAUUGAUUUUGUAUGGGACCAUAAAUCCUUAAAUAUGAAUUUUGGUUUUUGAAAUUCGAUUUGGCCUUCUUUUAAGAAAACGAUUGAGCUUUGAGGAACGAUACUGGAACCGGAAUUCGAAAGUCGGUUUAACCGAAGUCAGUUAAAUUCACCUGAGGAGCUGUAUAGUUCACAUUCGAUUCAAAAUGUUUCAAAAUCAGUGUUUAUUUGGUUGUCGAUUAUUCAAAUCAGCAGACCCGAUUAGACUCAUUAAUUUAUGUGAAAUGGACUUUUUUAUACUUAGAUUUCAAUUGAAUCUUAGAUUCAGCCAUCUACGAGAAAAAUAAGUUACAAAAUUUUAAUUUCGUUUCACAUAUCAUCCUGUAAUUCCGGAAUCAGAAGUCGGAACCAAAGAUAUUUGAGAAACCAUGUUUGGGAACAUACGACUUUUCAUAUGUAUCUAAGUUUGUAGAAAACGGUUGAGCCAUUUCCGAGAAAAUGGAGUGAAAUUAUUCGUCACACACGCAUUUGCUGAUCUCGACGAACUGAUUCGAAUGGUAUAUUGGUGUUAUGUUCUUUCAGCAUUUAUUGCUGAAAGUAGUUAAUCAACAUAAUCAACAUCAAUUUAAUCAACAUAAUUAUGGAAUUGCUUUCCACUCGAAAAUUCUGCCAUCAUCUGGUUCACAUAUGCCAUAUUCAAACGAUUAUGUUGCCAAAAACGAACCGUGCUAAAAUCGCUCCAAGGCAAGUGAAAAAGGAUACUGUACACAGUCUUUUUGGUACUUAUAGAAACAAUUGUAUGGAACAGUAUGAAAAAUCGUGUUUCACGUUGCUUCCAAGCAUUGCUUUAUCAUACAGCGCUCAAAAUCCCUACUGUUGGAAUAGGAGGAAAAGUCGCUUACACAAAAAUGUCGAUAUCUCCGUUAAAAAUUGACGGAUUUUUAUAAUCUAUGGCUUGUUGGAUAGCUAUUACCGUGCGGAAUCUAAGUCUUUGAAAAUUUUGACAUAAAACUUUGUAUAACUCAAAAAGUAAACAUCCGAUCUCAAAAACAUUCAAUAGUGUUUAGAGUGACGGGGAGACCUUUCAUUUGCGACUAGUUUGAUCAAAAUCGAUCCACUUAUCUCUUAGAUCUCCGGGCCUCGUAAAAUUUUUCUAAAGUUAUAGAGCGAAUUCAAUGCCAAUUUUGUAUGUUUAUAAAAAUAGGU